AUGCCCUCCGCUUUCGGAUUGAACGAAUUGAAGAAAGGUUAUUUCCCUCACUUUUUUAAUACGGAACAGAACCAGAAUUACGUGGGACCUUAUCCACCGGCAGCUUUCUACAAACCGGACGAAAUGUCUACCAGUGGACGAGAGGCUUUUUACCAAUGGUACGACCAACAGAGGGGAAAAGUGUUUGAUUUCCAGAAAGAGUUUGUAGGGUAUUGUAUCUCGGACGUCGACAUUUUAAGACGAUGCUGUGCACGGUUUAGAAGCACCCUCAGGGGGUUGGUCAACGUGGACCCUUUCCAGGAAUCCAUCACGUUUGCCAGUGCUGCUAAUUUAGCCUACCGUCGAAAUUUCAUGCCUAAAGACACCAUUGCCAUCAUUCCGAACCUCGGGUAUGAACCGGCACGACAAUAUUCGGCCAAAGCCUGUCGGUGGCUCACCUGGAUGAGUCAUCAGAGUGGAUGUCACAUACGACAUGCCAGAAACGGAGGCGAAGUCCCGAUCGGAAAUUAUACCGUCGACGGAUACCAGGAAGCGACUCGUACCGUCUACGAAUUUUACGGGUGUUAUUGGCACGGAUGCCCCACUUGCUAUCCCAGUUUACAGACGGAAACUCAUCCUCACCGGAUCCAAUUUACUUACCAACAAUUACACGAGAAAACCCUCAGAAGGACUGCGGAUUUAGAGGACAUGGGGUACAACGUGUGUAGUAUCUGGGAGCACGAUUUCGAUCAACAAGUGCAACAAGAUGAGAGUUUACAGCAAUUUGUACGAGAUCUGGACAUUCCGGAUCCUUUAAAACCUCGAGAAGCCCUGUACGGAGGCCGGACCAAUGCCACUAAAUUAUAUUGUGAAGAAGGGGACAUGAGAUACGUGGACGUGUGUUCCUUAUACCCUUUCGUGUUGAAACACAGACCUUUUCCCCUAGGGCAUCCCGAGAUCAUCACAGACGACUUCCAGGACGUGAGAAGUUAUUUCGGUCUCAUUCACUGUCGGGUCUUACCACCCCGAGGCCUCUUUCACCCCGUAUUACCUUAUCGGACGGGAGGUAAGUUAUUAUUUCCCUUAUGUCGCACGUGUGCCGAACAACAAGACUCUACGUCUCAAGAUCGAUGUCAACACACCGACCGGGAACGUAGUCUCACGGGUACUUGGGUGACGAGCGAAUUACAUAAAGCCCUAGACAUGGGCUAUACCUUAGAGCAAAUUUACGGAGUGUGGCAUUUCAAAGAAAGCAGUCAAGACUUAUUUAAAAACUACAUCAAUACCUUCCUCAAGAUCAAACAGGAAGCGUCCGGAUUUCCCCCCAGUGUAAGACCUCAGAACAAGAACGAGAUUACAUAUAUCAAAUCUUCGACAAAGAAGGAUUCAUGA